AACGACGUCGUUUUCAGUUUGUGCAUAUCCAACUCCAUCCUAGUAUAUCACAAUGGUGGGCAUUGCCUUCGACUUCAUCACCUCUCCAUCUUCUGUCAACUCUUCACAGGUACCGUCUGUCUCUCCAUUUUCAGUUUAUAGAGAGAUGCUUCUCUGCUUUGUACAACCCACUUUCACAUCACCUUCCCAAUACACCAUAUAUUCCAAUUUCAACAGUCUCAAUCCAACCACUUUGCUUCCAAAGACCUUCCUUCCAGGUUUUGGGAUCAGUCCCACCAAAACAUUGGUGUAUUUGAGGAGCAGAACACCCACUGGUAGCACUCAUGCUUCCUUGCUUGAGGCCCCUGUUUUAUGGGCUAGUAGGAUUUGCGUGUUCUAUGCUCUCUUGAAGGCUGGUUUAGCUGGAUCUCAAGCAAACCCAUUUGUCUCAGAUUUGGAAAGUGAUGGUAAUGGUGAUGGUGCUGGUGAUCUGGGGUUCUCUAAGUGGCUUGAGAGCUUACAAAGAAAUCCAGAAAAGGAGGCAUCCGACAAAAGAAAAUUAGUGAGCAAAUGGCAUCCUACAACGAAGGGUACACUUAGGAGGAACUACAGAGUUCCCUCCAAAUCUGAAGGGCGACGUCUUCUUAAAGCCAUUGCAUCCUUACUGUCAGAUGAUGAUCAUUUCAUAGAUGCCUCUUCCCACAAGGGUUGUCAGAUUAGGAGGGAAAGCGCCCAUGGAGAAAGCGUCUGUUGUAACAAUGUGAGAGCCCUGUUCGACGAGCUCCCAACUCCACACCUCAUUGUAGAAAUCACACCUUUUCCUGCUGGGCCUCUUACAGAGAACGAUUACGUCAAGGCCGAGAAGCUGGAGAAGGUGCUGAGGUCUGGCCCUUCUGUUUGAAUGACCAUGUAUUUUUCUUAUGUAUAUCCCAAUCUGUCACCUGUAAAUAAUGAGUGUCAGGAAUAGAAGCUUUGAGCUUUGUCUCAUACUUCAUUUAACCUAAUCUUCUUACUGGUCUACCUUUUGUGGGGAGCUGAUGGGUUUAUCAUCAUUCAAAUGCAGAACUGGUUUGGGAUUA